CCCAAAGCCCGCUCAACCCCCGACGUCCUCCGCUAGGCUCCAAGCCACGGACCCAGGGAAGGCCUCCAAGGCACCGCCCACCUACGGGUCACCCAGUCAGGACACUUCUUUCUGGGACAAAGGCGUCACCCCCCUGGAGGCAGCAGGAAAAUGGUAUCUCCCAGAAGUGAUCUCACGUCCUCCAAGAGCCGUUUCCGAUCUUACCGGAAGUGACGAACGAGUCCACCGAAUCGGUGACUGCGGUGGGGUAGGUGACUCCAGUGCGGCCGCCGCCACCAUGGGCCGCGAGUUUGGGAAUCUGACGCGGAUGCGACAUGUGAUCUCCUACAGCUUGUCACCUUUCGAGCAGCGCGCCUUCCCGCACGUUUUCACUAAAGGAGUCCCCAACGUGGUGCGCCGCAUUCGGGAGUCUUUCCUUCGCGUGGUGCCGCCGUUUAUAGGGUUUUAUCUUCUCUACACAUGGGGGAAUGAAGAGUUUGAGAGAUCCAAGAGGAAGAAUCCGGCUGACUAUGAAAAUGACAAAUGAGCAACGCACCCGAAUGACAGUUCCUUGACUCUGAAAGACCUUUCUCUGGAAGAGGAGUCUGCAUUGUAGUCUCUUAAAGACACAGUAAACUUCCUAUGGUCUGCA